UUUUGAGUCUACGCAUGCUGUCGUUCUUGUUUACUCAAAGAAAGCAAACACAUUGGCAGGCAUAUAUGAUGGGAUGUCAUUCAGCUUUCACCGUGGCUUUUGUUGUCCCUGGGAAUAGUACAAAAUCAAACUUUCACAAUCAAGAGCAAGAAAUGGAAGUUCAAAAGUCAUAUCCAGCAACAACAUUUCCAUUUCAUCAUCAACCGGUUGCUGUGAACAAGAUUCUUGAUCAUUGGAACUUGCAAACCAAGUUGAAUAUGACUAGGAUUGAUCCCUGCACCAAGAAUGCUACUUGGGCACCAGACGCAGCAAAUCCCAGGAUUGCUUGUGAAUGUUCUGCCACUGUCUGCCAUAUAACUCAAUUGAAAAUUUAUGCUCUGGAUAUUUCUGGUGAACUUCCACAGCAACUUUUUCAGCUAAAAGAGCUCAUGGACUUGAAUUUGGGACUGAAUGUACUCAGUGGUUCCAUCCCAGCUGAAAUUGGUCAAUUGUCGAAGAUGCAAUGCUUGUUACUGUCGCUCAAACUGAUGAGAACUUUCAUAUUCAAAGCAGAUUAGUUUGAAAUCUUGAUUUGCAUAAGAACUUCACUGGUCUGGUAGUUGGCAUCCAUGCAAGCAUUUUCUUUUAUUGCGAUUCCUCUUUUCAUCAUACUUAAUACGACUGAGCCUUAGAAGUAUUUAGACCAUUCCUUUUCUGUUAUUUCAGAAGUUUUAGUUCAAACAAUUUCCAUGGACUGUUACCAACAGAGCUGGGAAGAUUAACUUCCUUAGGGCAGCUGCAAGUGUUCUACAAGAAUUGUAAUAAAAUAUAAGGGAAAAUCGUUCAAAACA